AUGGCCGACAAGUUGGAUCAACUGAUUGAGCAAUUGGAGCAGACUGCCACAACAAUCCGCCAUGAUCACACAUACUUUCAAUCCCAGCCUGAAAAGCGGCAUAAACUGCUCAAGGCAGCUGAUGGGCUGAUUAAGACCGCACAAGAACCUAUGGAGGGCUACCUGGACUUUCUAACCUCCAUGGCCAACGCUACCGUUGUUAACCUCUUUGUCAAGUGGAAGGUGUUUGAGAUCAUCGACGCUGCAGGCAGCAUUACAUACAAUGACCUGGCAAAAAAGACUGGAGCUGAUGUAGCACUAAUAAUUCGCUUCACUCGCUUGCUGGUCAGCACCGGAGUCUUGAUCGCCUCGGGCCAAGACCAGUUGAGUCUUGCCCCGGCCUCCAAAGUUUUCAUUCCACCGCAUCCCGCAAGCUAUCUGGUUCAAUUCGCCUAUGAUUUCCACUGCGUUGCAGCUGUCACAAUGCCGAAGUACUUUGAGACGCACGGCCGCAAGGAGCCUGUUGGUCGGCACAAGACAAUCACGGCCUACGCCUAUGGAAACCCAGAUUGGACCGUUUGGCAGCACCUCAACAGUGACCCGGCAGCCAUGUCGAUCUUUAUGGAUUGCAUGGUCGCGUUGACACACAUGCAUCCGAUUGUCGGCUCCUAUGACUUUAGCUGGGUUGUUGGCGAGGCGGCGAAGUCGACAGACCGCGCCCUCAUCGUGGACAUGGGUGGCGGUAAGGGCCAUGCCGUCAAGGCUAUUUCUCAGGCCACUCCAGGUCUAGUUCUGAGUCGCUGCUUCGUACAAGACUUGGAGGAGAUUAUCAAGGAGGCGAAGGCAACAGCGGAUGAGGAGUUGAAGGAUGUGCAGUUCGUCGUUGCGGACUUUCACGCUGAACAGCCGGUCCAAGGCGCUUGUAUUUAUUAUAUUCGUCGCUGCCUCCAUGACUACGGCGACGAUGAAGUUGUUGAAAUCCUGGAGGUAACCAGAGAGAAGAUGGCCGCCGAUAGCAGGCUGCUCAUAGUUGAGCAAAUCCUCGAAUUCCCCCCUCUUCCAUUCGCCGCUGCGGCCGAUGUCUUGAUCAGUACUAUCGGUGGUAAAGAGCGCACUAUAGACGAGUUUGAGAGUGUCGUUUCGCGUGCCGGCCUUAAGAUCUCACAGGUGUGGAGAACACCGGACUCGGACGUGGGGAUCAUAGAGUGCCAAAUCGCAUAG